AUGAACGCAUUUAUGAUUUAUCGAAAAGAAUUUAAUCGUAUAGUUACAAAUUAUAAUCUUGAACUUAAAAAUAUAUCUAAAUAUGCUAGCAUUUCUUGGAAACAAGAACCACAAUACGUGAAAACAUAUUACAAGCAACACCUUAAUUCUCAAUUUCCCAAUAUGAAUCAAAACUUCCCUUCACCUUCUGACGAUCAAAACUUCCCAUAUGCUACCUACUCUAAUUAUCCACUUCUUAAUAUGAACAUUCUUGUAUCUGAUAAUUUUGAAAAUUCUAUUCAAGCAUAUAUGAAUAUGGAUGACGAAAAACUCAUGAGUUAUCUUUCCGAAGAUUUGGCUUUAACUUAUAGAGAAAUCAUAAAAUCAUUACCAUUUUAA